AUGGAUUGCUUUCCACCGGAACUCGUCGCGCAUAUCUGCUCACUAGCGUGCACCGAUAAUGGUGCGACAGUCAAGUCCUUGGCGCUAGCAAGCAAAUAUCUUGCUCAAGUCUGCUCACCGAUGCAUUAUCAAUCCCUAUCGAUAAUCAGUCACGAAGACGUAGCGCGUCUGGGGGUCAAACUUUCGGUCCAUCCUGAACAUCUUCGACGGAUAUUUCAUAUCCAUUUCUCGUUACCAUUCCCUGAUCACGGAAGGCUUCACAAAGAUAUCGAAGAUGUUAUACACCUUCUUCUUCUAGCAGCAUCGUCCAUCGAAACUCUUACAUUUACUUCACCCAAUGUGAUGGCUACGCCUACAGUCAUAUCACGCAUGUUUCGCAUACCAAUGCCUCGUCUGAGCGAACUUUCUAUUCAUGGUUUCUACCCUCUUCCCAAUCCCAAAACGAUUCACAUGCCCCUAUUAGAACGCCUACACCUUAGUGGUAACCGAAAUCCACACGGUUUUUUGCGCACCGUAAAGGAUUCUUUUCCACAUAUCACUCACCUUAGGCUAUCCGGAUUAUCCAUGGCAGUGUCGUUUGCACGAGAACUUGAGAGUCAUCUGAAAAUCUAUCACAGCGGGGGGUCGUGUGUUUCUCUGCGAGCCGCACAAGACGAGAAUACGUCUCCGGUACUUCCCUCGGAGAACUACUGGCCCGAUAGUUUGCUCGUGCCUUCUCAUCUACCCGCUCGUUUACAAUAUCUUGUCAUUCAACCCGAAACCCGACAAGGAUGCAUGGUCACGACCAAUAACGCGAAGCGAGAUGCUUCAAUGAUGGAGACACUCCUGACCUGCGUCGAUGCUCACGCCCGUUGGCUGAAACAGGUUGGAAAGAGUGCCAGCUUCAAUAUCACAUUACGGGAGGGAGUUCAUGGCUCAGAAAACGAAGAGAAGUCACCAUGUUUUUUGUUGUAUGAGGAUUGGUUAAAUCGAUUAAUGGGAGGACCUGGCUGUUGGGAAAUGUGA